AUGAACGUGACCGCUGCAAUAGUCAUGUUGUUUGUGUUCCAGUUGUUCCAUUUCGCUCAGUUUCUAAUAUUCAAUCGAAAAGAUGAUAAUACUUCGAAUGAGAUCAACGACACUUCCCAAAAAGAGAUCAGAGAGAGAUAUUUUGUCAAUGGAUCCGAGUUGGAUUUCCUCUAUUGGAACUCUAUUCUCGGAAAUGAUAAACCAAUAGAAAUUGAAUUUGGUAACGAAUCAAGUGUACUCGACUAUUGGAUUGACGAUUUCCCUUUAAAAGUCAUUACUCACGGAUGGCUUGCGUCAGACGAUAAUUUCACUGGAGUGUUUACCAUUAAAACCGCAUAUGUCGAUGCUGGAGGGUACAAUGUGAUAUCGGUGGAUUGGAGCAAUAUCGCAGAAAAUAUAAUCUAUCACAAACCGGCUAUCAUGACCGCGCCCGUGGGUAAUGUGGUCGCCGAAUUUUUGGAUCGUAUGGUCGCAUACACAGGGACACAAGCGUCGGACAUACAUUUAAUAGGUCACAGUCUCGGUGCCCACGUCAUGGGGUCAUGCGGUUCUAAUUUUAAGUCGGGAAAAAUCGGCAGGAUCACCGGUCUUGAUCCGGCUGCCUUGGGGUUCGAGUUUAUUCCUUUCCAGAAUGAACGCUUGAGCAUAGACGAUGCCGAGUUUGUGGACGUGAUACACACGGCCGGAGGGACUCUUGGUGUUAUGGAAAGUUUGGGCCACGCCGAUUUCUAUCCCAACGGUGGAAAAGCGCCCCAACCGGGAUAUGACGUCUUGUUCAGGAUGGUAGAGUCCAUAAUUGGCAGUCAUUCGAGAGCGUACCAUCUCUAUGCUGACUCAGUCUACAAUAGAAAAUCUUUAGUCUCGACACAAUGCAAUACGUGGUGGGCCUUUAAGUCAGACGAGUGUGUAAACAACUCUAAAAUUCUAAUGGGACACGACGCAAUAACCAGUGCUCAGGGUGAUUUCUACUUGGAGACCAACCGAUCGAGUCCUUUUGGUAUUUAUUAA